AUGACCUAUUCUCAGCUAGUUGAAAACAUGUCAUCUCAUGACAUAUUGGAUAAAUUCCCAGACAUCAUACCUUUGCGAAGGAGACCAAAUUCCAAAUCGAGUGAGUCAUCUUCCGCUCAAGAUGCCAUCUUUACCGGCCACGAUGAGGAACAAAUUAAACUAAUGAAUGAGAACUGUAUAGUCUUAGAUUGGAAUGAUAACGCUAUUGGGUCCGCAACUAAGAAAAUGUGUCAUUUAAUGACAAACAUAAAUCGAGGUCUAUUACAUCGUGCUUUCUCAGUCUUCCUUUUCAAUUCUGAAAAUAAACUAUUAUUGCAACAACGAGCAUCAGAAAAGAUCACAUUCCCAUGUUUAUGGACAAAUACAUGUUGUUCUCAUCCUUUAUGUAUCGAUGAUGAAAUUGGCUCUAACCAUCAUCUUGAUAAGAAAAUUCAAGGUGCUAUUGUUGCCGCUACAAGGAAAUUAAAUCAUGAAUUGGGUAUUCCAACGGAGGAGAUUGAGCGUAUGGGGAAAUUUCAUUUCUUAAAUAGAAUCCAUUAUAUGGCACCAAGUAAUGAACCUUGGGGUGAGCAUGAAAUCGAUUAUAUAUUGUUUUAUAAAUUAAAUUACACAGGAACGAAAGAGGACUUGACUGUAAACCCAAAUGUUAAUGAGGUGAGAGAUUAUAAAUGGGUCUCUAUGGAUGAAUUAAAGUCCAUGCUUGAGGAUCCUAAUUUAAAAUUUACUCCAUGGUUUAAUAUCAUUUGCGAAAGUUAUUUAUUCAAAUGGUGGGCACAAAUAGAUGAUAUAGAAAAGGUGGAAAACGAUACAAAAAUACAUAGAAUGUUAUGA